AUGCCGACGUUGGAUGUCAACCUCACCGAAACCGAGGAAGACUUCGUCAACGAGUUCUAUUGUGCUGCAUCAGCACUAGAUAUCACGAAGCCACAGUUGGAGAAGAAUAUGGUCAAAUUCUUGAUGGAAACUCCAGAAGGCCUGCAGAAGCGUCUGGACAAAUUCGGACCAAACCUGACCGUAUCUGCAGUUUUGGGCAGAUCAAACACCUUCCUAAAGAAGGGCCCCCAACUUCGGUUGGCGGUUCGAAAAGCCGAAAACCGGCACAUUGAAAACAUGAUUGCUGAUCGGGGCAACGCCAAAGGAAAAAGAAGGCAAAACGGAAGAGGAGGAGCAAAUGGAGCACAAGGGAACCCGAAUAACCGUCAUGGAGGGUUUCAAAACCGCGGUCAAAACAGAGGCCAGUCCAAUAAAAAUGAAUUCAAGACGUAUCAAGGCCCGAAUCGCCACCAACAACAACAUCAGGACCGUCCGGAACCAGCUCCUCCAAUGAACAAUUACCCGGAUCAACGGCCAUUGAUGCGUCCGUCAACACAAGCUGCCUCCAGCUCUCGUUUCGACAACUAUCGCGAUCAGUAUUCUCGACAGGCAUCACCACCCCGCCAUGACAAUCGUUUCCGCUCUCCAUCUCCUCCAAUGAACUGUCGCGCCUACCCAAGCCGAUCGCCAUCACCUCCAAUGCACCGUCGCUCAUACCAAAGCCGCUCUCCAUCUUCGAGAAACUAUAGGAAUCAGCAAUAUGGCUACCACGAUUAUGAUGGGAACGGUUAUCAGGAACCAACAAGCUCCUCGAAUGUUCGGGAUGAUUAUCGUGAACGAUCACCACCGAGUAGCCAGCAAUUUCGCUCUCCUUCUCCGGUUCAUCAACACGCAUCGUCCAGGAGACGGUCACCACCAGGCCAGCAAAACUGCCGCCCAACUUCACCUUCGUCUUCCUACAGCCAGUUUUCGGAAGAGCCACUUGAACAGCAACACCAGGCUUUCAAAAGAUUUCCCCUGGCUCAAACACCUCUUCCAAGCCUGGACGAAGCUAAGGCAAUUCGCGAGGUGAUGGAAAUGUUGAAGACGAUGUCCGACAAUAGCAUGCUCAUCGAAGAGUUCUUCUCCUUGGCUAAAAUGGAGAACAUCGAAAUCCCAGGAUCUUGUUUCAUUGAGCAAGAAAAUUGGCUCGUUGCGAUAACUCAGAACUUUGCUGAGAUGUUCCAAUGUUUCUCCCUGGACAUUGAAGAGUCAGUCAUCAAAUACACCGGAGCUGAGAAAAAAAAGAGCGAGGAGAACCAAGAGAUGGAUUUGGCAAUUCUCAAACGAAUCGCGGCAAUCAGAGCCAAACGAUUCAAUAUCAAGCAGCUUGCUGCGGAAAUCAGUGUUAUGUUCGGAGACGUGUCGGGUGUUAAACAAAAGUUGAGCUCUCUCCUUUUCUCCCAUAGCUCCAUUUUCCAGUAUGAAAAGGAUAGUACCACGAUUGUGGAAAACAAAAACUGGAUAAGCGGAGAUCCAUUGGAAGACAAAUUUGCCGCUUCGAUCAUUCCUCUGGAAAUUCCGGUCAACGGAGCAGAUUGCAAGAUCCGUCUUAUGCGGUUCCAGAAAUUGGAGAAGUUGGUAAUUCGACCAGUGGAAGCUGAAGCCGCCUUCAAGAAUAUUGAUGAGGAGAUUCAAGAUCACAUCAAGCUUAAACAACUAACGGAUCCAGACAGAUUCUUCGAUGUUGGUCAAAUGGUCCUCUGCCGAAUGAUCCCCGUAUCUUUGGGAGCCGGGACAAAGUGGGGAAGAGGGAUCAUCACAGAACGAAAAGAGAAUACUCUUUUCAAAGUGUACUUGUUGGACUAUGCCAUGUUCAUCGCAGUUGCCGAAGAUAACAUUCGUCGAUGCCCGAUCCGCUUCACCAAGAUUCCAGCCACCGCCAUACAGUGCACGCUCAACGCUUCUGACCGCCAGCUCUUGGAUGUUUACAACAAACCUUGGAAACAAUUCAUGGAAGACCAUGCGGACAACGUGAUCGUUCGGGUUAAGGACCGAUACGAAGAGGGACCCAUCACAAAACUGGUCGUCGAUCUUCUGGUUCGUUUCACGAACAUUGGAAAGGUUCAUGUUAUGGAUCUUGAAUUUUAA